AGGAGCCAGCAGCCCAUCCCGAUGGUUCUCCGUGCAAACCCUCUGCCUCCGGGUUCGGUUCGUCUCUGUUCCAGGCUGAAGGACCACCCCAGUUCCGGACCGGCGCCCCCGCGUUUCAAAGUUCUGGACCUGGUUCUAGGGAGUGCCCGUGGGUCCAGAAUGGGUUGGUCUGUCCCGCUUCUGCUGUCAGUCAUGUGCGCGCGCCUCACGGUGGGAGUCCCGGACGGAGCGGACUUCCAAGUGAUUGACGUGCUGAGUCUCCAGGAUGCAAAGCAGAGCUCCGUGGCAGUGAAGAAGCUGUCGGACGGUCUGAGUGAGCUCAGUGACGUGUACGUGGUGUCGACGUUCCGGCUGCCGCCGAAGUCGAGCGGCGUCCUGAUGGGUCUCUACAGCAAGCAGGACAGCAGGAAAUACCUGGAGGUCGCCGUCAUGGGGAAGAUCAAUAAAGUUGUGGUCCGGUACGCGAAGGCCGACGGCAAAAUCCAAAUGGCUAACCUGCAGAACGCCAACCUGGCUGAUGGGCGGGCUCACGCCAUCAUCCUGCGCCUGGGCGGCCUGCGGCGCAGCAGGAUGCAGCUGGAGCUGUACGCGGACUGCCGGCUGGUGGACUCCUCCCAGGACCUGCCGCCGCUGCCUCCUCUGCCCGAGGAGGCGGAGACGGUGGAGGUCCGUCACGGACAGAAGACGUACUCCCGCCUGCAGGGGUCCUUGGAGUCCCUCCAGCUGGCUCUAGGGGGCAGCGUUGUAAAGGCUGGAGCUCUCACCGACUGUCCGUUUCAAGACUCAUCAGCUUACAACUCAGCGAGGGGGGAGGUCAGCUCCAUCCUGGGUGAUCACACCAAGGCCCUGAUUGGUCAGCUCAUCAUCUUCAACCAGAUCUUGGGGGAGCUGCGGCAGGACAUCCGGGAGCAGGUGAAGGAGAUGGCGCUGAUCCGGAACACCAUCCUGGAGUGUCAGGUUUGUGGCUUCCACGAGCCCCGCCCCCGCUGCUCCCCCAACCCCUGCUUCAGCGGCGUGUCCUGCAUGGACAGCCUGCAGUACCCCGGCUACGUCUGCGGACCCUGCCCGCCCGGAACCACCGGCAACGGGACGCACUGCAGCGACAUCGACGAGUGCGAGCUGCAGCCCUGCUUUUCCCCUGAAGCCUGCGUGAACACGAUGGGGGGGUUCAGCUGUCACCCCUGCCCUCCCGGGCUGUGGGGGCCCCCGUUAGCGGGGACUGGACUGGACUACGCCAAAGCGCACAGACAGGAGUGUGUGGACGUCGACGAGUGUGUGGACCUUCCUGAUGCCUGUGUGUCAAACUCCAUCUGCAUCAACAGCCUGGGCUCCUACAGGUGUGGAGGCUGUAAACCCGGUUUCUUUGGGAACCAGACGACAGGCUGCCUCCCGAGGCUGUCCUGCGCCGCCUUGGCCUUUGACCCCUGUGACACCAACGCCCAGUGCACCAUGCAGAGGAACGGGGAGGUGUCCUGCAGGUGUAACGUGGGUUGGGCCGGGAACGGGCACACCUGUGGGGAGGACACGGACAUCGACGGCUAUCCGGACCGCCCCCUGCCCUGCAUGGACAACAACAAACACUGCAGAAAGGACAACUGCGUGUUCACGCCGAACUCUGGUCAGGAGGAUGCCGACAACGACGGCAUCGGCGACCAGUGCGACGAGGACGCAGACGGAGACGGCAUCAAGAACGUGGAGGACAACUGCCGCCUGGUCUCCAACAAAGACCAGCAGAACUCGGACAGCGACUCGUUUGGUGAUGCGUGUGAUAACUGUCCCACAGACCCAAACAGCGACCAGACAGACACCGACAACAACGGACAGGGAGACGCCUGCGACCAGGACAUCGACGGAGACGGUAUUCCCAACAUUCUGGACAACUGUCCGAAGGUGCCAAACCCGCUACAGACGGACAGAGACAGAGACGCGGUGGGGGACGCCUGCGACAGCUGCCCUGAGAUCAGCAACCCCACACAGACGGAUAUAGACAACGACCUGGUGGGAGACCUCUGUGACACCAACCAGGACAGGGACGGAGACGGACAUCAGGACAGCAGAGACAACUGUCCGGACAUCCCCAACAGCUCCCAGCUGGACUCUGACAACGACGGCCUCGGCGACGACUGCGAUGACGACGACGACAACGACAACAUCCAUGACGACACGGACAACUGCAGACUCAUCCCAAACCCCAACCAGAAAGAUUCGGACGGAAAUGGAGUCGGAGACGUCUGUGAGAACGACUUUGACAACGACGCCGUCAUGGAUAUGGUUGAUGCGUGUCCAGAGAGCGCCGAGGUCACCCUUACCGACUUCAGGGCCUUUCAGACGGUGAUUCUGGACCCAGAAGGAGACACCCAGAUCGACCCCCAAUGGGUGGUGCUGAAUCAGGGCAAGGAGAUCAUCCAGACCAUGAACAGUGAUCCCGGUUUAGCCAUUGGCUACACGGCGUUUAACGGCGUUGACUUUGAAGGCACCUUCCACGUCAACACAGUGACAGACGACGACUACGCCGGCUUCAUCUUCGGUUACCAGGACUCGUCCAGCUUCUACGUGGUGAUGUGGAAGCAGGUGGAGCAGCUGUACUGGCAGUCUGUCCCCUUCAAGGCCAAGGCGGAGGCCACGCUGCAGCUCAAGGCUGUGAAGUCCCAAACCGGCCCUGGAGGGUAUCUGAGGAAUGCUUUGUGGCACACCGGAGACACGCCUGGAGAGGUGACGCUGCUCUGGAAGGAUCCACGCAACACGGGCUGGAAGGACCAAACCUCGUACCGCUGGCAGCUGAGCCACAGACCGCAGGUGGGAUACAUCAGGGUGAAGCUGUUUGAGGGUAAAACCAUGGUGGCCGACUCUGGCGUGGUGAUCGACACCUCCAUGAGGGGGGGCCGGCUGGGAGUCUUCUGCUUCUCCCAGGAGAACAUCAUCUGGUCCAACCUGCGCUACAGAUGCAACGACACGGUUCCUGAGGACUUCAAGACCCACCGGCAGCAAGUGAUGACGCACAUCCAGGUCUGAGCUUUGGGGAGGGACAGACCCCCAAACACCCGACAAACUGGCCCAAUUCCACCGAUUCCCAGGAUGUUAGGCAGCACCUGAACGCGCAGUGACUGCUUCCAUCCCUCUGUGGGUGAAGUCAUACAGAAACGUAACACUACAUUACCAACAGCCUUGACUCACAUGAACUGAAGUCCCGUCCCGUUCCUGAUCCGUAGAUCAACCCUUCAGGGAAGCCUGUCCACAAGGUUAAGGAGUGUUUCUAGGAAUUUAGGGCCAUUCUUCCAAAAGUAUAUAGCUGAGGUCACACACUGAUGUUGGUGGAGAGGCCUCAUCUGUGGUGCUGUGGUAGGGCGGUUGACCUCUGAUCGAAAGACUACAGGUUUAAUUCCCGCCUUGCCCGCCCAAAUGUCAAAGUGCCCUUGGACAAGACACUGAACCCCACCUUGUCUCUGGUAGAAGGUUGUCUCCUGUGUUCAGCUGAGGAGGGCCAUCGCUGUGAAUGGGACUGAAAAGCGCUGUAUAAGUAUGCGCCAUUUACCUUUAACCCUUGUGCUAUCCUAGGCACUUUAACAUUGGGAGUGGGGUCAUCUAGACCCACUAGACAGAGCUCUGAACCUUUUUUCUUCAAUGAUUUGUG